GAGUGUGUGUAUGUGUGCGUGCGUGCGUGUGCGGCGAGAAGAUGGCGGCGGCGGGGGACGCGGCGUGAGGAGCCGGAGCAGCGCCGGGCCUCAUUGAAACGGGCCGCCAUGGCCCUCCACAACCCGCAGUAUAUUUUUGGAGAUUUUAGCCCUGAUGAAUUCAAUCAGUUCUUUGUGACUCCCCGGUCGUCAGUAGAGCUCCCUCCAUACAGUGGGACAGCUCUAUAUGGCUCACAGGUUACAGAUGGACUGCCCAAUGCAGGACAAGACUGUCGGAGAAUUGAGUUUGGUGUUAAUGAAGUAAUUGAACCCAGUGAUGCUUUGCCGAGAACCCCCAGCUACAGUAUUUCAAGCACGUUGAAUCCUCAGGCCCCUGAAUUUAUUCUUGGUUGUACAACUUCCCAGAAGACCACUGCUGGCCUAGAUAAAGAAGUGAACUGCAGUUCCAUCGACAGCCAGUGCCCAGGCUCUGCCCUUGCUUUGGGUAGCAGUUCUAAUGUGGAGGCAGAUAUCUUAGAAAAUGAUGGUGUCUCGGGUGGACUUGGACAAAAGGAGUGUAAAAAGAAGAAAAAGCGGCUUCCUGGAUAUUACAGUUACCUGAAAGAUGGUGGUGACGAGAGCAUUUCCCCAGAAGCCCUGGUCAAUGGUCAUGCCACUUCAGCAGUUGCAAACAGCAUGGGUGCAGAGGACACAGAGUUCAUGGCCGAUGUGCUUCCCUCAGUUACGCCCAGGACUUGUGACAGCCCUCAGAACUCCAUGAACUUCAUCAGUGAUGCUGUGCCUGACAGUCCUUUCCCCCGAGCACUUGAUGGUGAUGCCAGGACUGCAGGGCUGCCUGAGGGCUGCCAUGGGACCGACUUGGAGCAACCUUGCCUCCCUGCAGACAGCCUGCUAAGGACAGCUUUGGCACAGCCCUUUGCUGGCACCGAUACUACUGAGAACCUUGUCAUUGCUAAUGGAAAAAUACUUGAAUCUUUGGGCGAGGGCACAGCUGCCAAUGGGAUAGAGUUGCACACAGUGGACAGUGUAGACUUGGACCCUUCAAAGUCUGAGAGUUCCUCACCUCCUGCUGAAAGCGCAGUCUCAGUGUCGGGUGCCAUUCCCAUUAGCCAGCCUGCCAAGUCUUGGGCCAGCCUCUUCCAUGAUUCUAAGCCCUCUUCCUCCUCGCCCAUGGCAUAUGUGGAAACUAAGUGUUCCCCUCCUGUCCCAUCUCCCCUGGCCUCUGAACAGCGGGUAGAAGUCAAAGAAGGGCUGGUUCCAGUCUCAGAGGAUCCUGUAGCCAUAAAGAUUGCAGAGUUGCUGGAGAAUGUGACCCUAGUCCAUAAGCCAGUGUCGCUGCAACCCCGUGGGCUGAUCAAUAAAGGGAACUGGUGCUACAUUAAUGCCACCCUGCAGGCAUUGGUGGCUUGCCCUCCAAUGUACCACCUGAUGAAGUUCAUUCCUCUCUACUCAAAAGUGCAAAGGCCUUGCACGUCAACACCCAUGAUAGAUAGCUUUGUUCGGCUAAUGAAUGAGUUUACGAACAUGCCAGUACCUCCCAAGCCCCGACAAGUUCUUGGGGAGAAAAUCGUGAGGGAUAUCCGCCCAGGAGCUGCCUUCGAGCCCACAUACAUUUACAGACUCCUGACGGUUAUCAAGUCAAGCCUCUCUGAAAAGGGCCGACAAGAAGAUGCUGAGGAGUACCUGGGCUUCAUUCUCAAUGGACUUCAUGAGGAAAUGCUGAGCCUGAAGAAGCUCCUGUCCCCUGAACUUACAAUUUCCAACGGGCCCAGAAGCCACUUAGUCAAUGAUGAAGAGCAGGGGGAAGAAGGUGAAGGAAGUGAGGAUGAAUGGGAGCAAGUGGGCCCCAGGAAUAAGACCUCUGUCACGCACCAGGCAGAAUUUGUCCAGACUCCCAUUACUGGCAUUUUUGGUGGCCACAUCAGGUCCGUGGUGUACCAGCAGAGCUCAAAAGAGUCUGCCACAUUACAGCCAUUCUUCACACUGCAGUUGGACAUCCAGUCUGACGAGAAUGGGCACAAUCAAUUAUAA